AUGUGGGGCGGGGCCAAGCUGCGCCACACGUACGGCUGGGCGUCGCUGGUGUUCAUCCUUAAGAACGACGGCUACUUCAGUGACCUCUGUGACAUCACUGCCAACGCCACUGACCCCGGUGACAUUAUCACGUUGACAGGGGAGCAUCCCCGUGAUAACAUCAUACAGUCAGUUGGCACCGUGGCGACCAGGCUCCUGGCCACAUGUCUAUACACCACGGGGACCUUGUUGAUAACUGUCUCCAGUCCAGAGCAGUCAGCGUUGCUGUUUCCUGCCAUCUCGUGCCUGAUCACAUCUGGAAUGUUGUUCUACACAACCAACGCUCAGGUGGGGAACCUGUUCGACAGCCACCGUUCCACGGUCAUAUCAGUCUAUGCCGGGGCCUUCGACUCCUCCGCCGCUGUCUUCCUCAUCGUCAAGUUUUUGUAUGAAAGAGGGGUCUCUUUCCACUCCUCCUUCCUCGUUCUCUCCGUCUGCAGCGUCAUCCACGUCUUCCGGACGUUCUUCCUCAUGCCCAAGACCCACAUCCCCUACCCACUCCCCGACAGAUACGCUUACGGGGUGAGCUGCGGUGGUCGGCGUUGGAAGAGAGGGGGAGAGAGAGGAGAAAAGGAGGGAGGAGGAGAGAGAAAAGGAGAUGUGAAUGCAAAAUAUCAGAAGAAUGCAGUGUUACAGAAGGCCGAGAGUGCCCCGCUGCAGUUGCAGGACAAAGCAGUACCUUCCAGACCCGAUCAGCCUGAGAGAGUGGCCAGUUUUAGGAGUUGUGUCCUGUCCUGGUUCUUCCUGUGGCACCUGGUCUGGGUGGCUGUCAUGCAGUUCUGUCACUUCCUGUUCAUCGCCACGGUGAACCCCAUGCUCAACCGGCUGGCCAACAGAGACCAGACCCUGGUGAGUCAGUACACCAAUGCCUUUGCCUUCACCCAGCUGUGUGGGGUCCUCUGUGGUCCCUGGAACGGCCUCAUCAUGGACAGACACAAGGGGAAGCCUCUGGCUCCAGGAGAGACGAAGCAAGAAGCCGACCUGCGCUCCUCCUCUCUCUCCCUCUUCCUCACCUCCCUCCAGUGCCUCCUCUUCUACGUCUGCUUCUCCUCUCCUCUCCUUCCUCUCCAGUACCUCACCUUCAUCCUGCAGGUCCUCAACAGUGCCUUCAUCUAUGGUGGACACCAAGCCUUCCUCACCAUCGCGUUUCCCGGCUGCCAUUUUGGUAAGUUGUCUGGUCUGAUAACAUCUCUGUCAGCUGUGGUUCUGCUGCUCCAGUUCCCUGUUCUACACCUCAUCAGAGAGUUCCUGCAUGGAGACCCUGUCUAUGUGAACGUGGGUCUGACCCUCCUCACCCUCCUCACCUUCAUCCACCCCCUCCACGUCCACCUCCACUGCCACUCUCUAGCCAAUCAGAGGAGGGCUAGGGCCAAACAGGAAGUGACAAACUCAGGGUCAAAGGUCACGUGGAACAGGCUGGUGGGGAUGUGACGACAAACCAACAACAGCAGUGGUGUGUCUCAAUAGUCUAAAGUCGCUUCCUCUCCUUGUCUCCUUUCCUUUGAUAACAUUGAUCUGAUAAAAUUGGACAGGUGGAAAACAGGGACUGUGUCCCAAAUAGUGCCCUAUCCUCUACAUAAGGCACUACUUUUGAUGGGACCUGGUUAAAAGUAGUGCACUAUAUUAGGGAAUAGGGUGCAUUGGGGCACAGACAGGUGCCACUUGUCCGAUGUAGGUGAAGGAGAGGAGACGAGGAGAGAAAGCAUCUUUAGACAGUUGGAAUGCAUCCAGGACAAUUGACACUGCAUCAUGGACAAUGCCACUGACUGUUCAAGGCAGGGCAAAGAAGGACAGUGCCAAAGUGAAGACCUACUGUAAUGUGUGUGUUAACCUGUCUGACUGUAAUAAAGAAUACAACUAAACUGUGAAACAACAAAGUCCAAAGUAUAGUUUAAUUGAUAAGUUUGAAUGGUCAAAAUAUCAAUCACAAUGGGUUAUAUAUGUGGCUCCCAAGUGGCGCAGCGGUCUAAGGCACU